AACCAUGUAGCUAGGAAGCAAGCUCCCUAACUACACAGCCAUGCCCAUUGUGGAAAAUUUCAUAUGAACUGGGGUGAACAGCUGUAUUUCUCUACUUUACUCUCUGGAUUGUGUGCAAGAUGGAUUUGUGCAUCAAAUAAAUUCAAGGAAGUUUACAAAGGAGUUUUGCAGUUUUUCAGAUAUCAGUGACGAUCGCUGUUGAUGGAAUAUAUAACGGAGGGAAAUAUUUGUAAUUGAUAUACUAUCAGAGCAACACGAGAAAGCUAUGUGUAUACUGAGAUGAGAGAAGAAAGACUGCGGAAAAUUAAUUAAUUUGAAAAUUAAUUAAAAAGGGUUAAUUUCAGAUGAAGAGAUGCUGAAGGUGAUAGAAAAAUCACCAUAUGUCUGUGACAUUUGUAAUAAGUCUUUCGCUCACAAAGGGAAACUAAUUACUCAUAAGCGUAUUCAUACAGGUGAGAAGCCAUAUCGCUGUGAUAUCUGUGGUAAAUCAUUCUCUCGGAGUAAUAUACUGGCCACACACAAACAGAUUCAUACUGGAGAGAAGCCAUUUCGUUGUGAUAUUUGUGAUAAAUCGUUCUCUCAAAAUGUUAAUCUUAGUACUCACAAACGAAUUCAUACAGGUGAGAAACCAUAUCAGUGUGAUAUUUGCGGGGAAUCAUUUGCACGGAGUGAUAUAUUGAUCACUCACAAACAGAUCCAUACAGGUGAAAAGCCAUAUCGCUGUGAUAUCUGUGGUAAAUUAUUCUCUCGGGGUGAUAUACUGACCACACACAAACGUACCCAUACAGGUGAGAAGCCAUAUCACUGUGAUAUCUGUGAUAAAUCAUUCUCUCAAAGUGCUAAUCUCAAUACUCACAAACGAAUUCAUACAGGUGAGAAGCCAUACCAGUGUGAUAUUUGUGGCGAAUCAUUUUCCCAGAACCAUCACUUGAGAUAUCACAAAUAUAUUCAUACAGGAGAAAAACUAAAUCACUGUGACAUCUGUGGUAAAUCUUUUUCUCUAAAGCAUCAUUUAACUAAACACAAGCUUUGUCAUACUGGGGAGAGACCCUAUCGCUGUGAUAUCUGUGGUAAAUCAUUCACUGAUAAUGGUGUUUUAACUAAGCACAAACGCAUUCAUACAGGGGAGAAACCAUAUCACUGUGAUAUCUGUGGCGAUUCAUUCUCUCAGAUAGUUUUUUAAUUAGACACAGACGUAUACACACUGGAGGCAAACCAUUUCAUUGUGAUAUUUGUGGCAAAUCAUUCUCUGAAAUUGCUUACUUAACAAAACACAAACGUGUUCACACAGGGGAGAAGCCAUACCAAUGCAAUGUCUGCAG